AGUCGAUCCUCCUUACUUCUUCACCAAGUGUUCAACUUUCCAAAUAAUAUCUCUCUAUAUAACUUCACAUUCUUCUCCUCUCAUGUGGUAAUAAUAACCAAACUGUGCUUCUGAUAUUUUCAGAAGCAUGAAGAGUUUCUUACCGUUGACCAGUAAGCAAACCGCUUUCCCAGCUCCUGUCCUGUUUCUACUAUUAGCCAUGUCGGAGCUAGCGUCAUGUCAAUCCGGACAAGAGGACCCAGAUAAGCCGCACGAUUACAUUCGAAGUCUCAUCGUGCAUAUGGUAAUUACGAUUGCAAUCCUCAUUCCCUUCGUGUUCCUCGCCCUCUACAUCCGCCACUGCAGGGAGACAGACGGCAGCGUUAACCAUUUUCUAGGAGCGACUAACGCGACGGUUGCGCGUGGUCUCGAACCGUCGAUGAUCCAGACGUUCCCGACUUUCAUCUACUCGGAAGUGAAGACACAGAGGAUCGGGAACGGUGCGUUGGAGUGUGCCAUCUGUCUCAACGAGUUUCAGGACGAUGAAACCCUGCGUUUGCUACCAAAAUGCGAUCACGUGUUCCACCCUCACUGCAUCGGCGAAUGGCUCCAAAGUCACGUGACUUGUCCCGUUUGCCGCACGAAUCUCGCUGACCAGCAGCAGACGGCUGAACCUGUCGAACCGGAAGUAAUAGCCGAAACCGAUAUCGAGUCGCAGCAAACCGUGAUUCCUGAACUGGCGGUGGAGAGUGUUGCACGUGUCAGAUUACCGAGGUCGCACACGACGGGACAUUCGAUGACAUUACCUGGAGAAUGUACCGAGCGGUUUACGCUAAGGUUACCGGGUGAUUUAAUAAAGAAGAUAAUGGAGAGUGGGAAAACGAACCGGUCGAAAAGUCUUUCGGCUCUACCGAGGAGUACUGGUAAACCGGUUUCGGUUGACCGAUCAAUAGAUCGAUGGGACCGGUGGUUAUUCCUCAGAUCACCGCCGUUUAUGUGGCGGAGAUGGGAGCGAGGAAUUGGUGGUAGCAUUUAAGCAAAUGCAGUAACAUGUCCUAUCGGGUGGAGUUUUCUUUGAAAAGCGUCGUUUUUGUGGAGGAGUACGCCGGUUCCUUCGCCUAGAGUUGAAGUUAACAAGGACGGUGAAGGAACAUCAUGGGUUCAAGUUCAACGUACGGAGACGGUUGGUUUAAGUUUAACCAACGAUUCCGUUAGGUUGCCGGUUUAGUUGGCUAAAACUCAAGUGUUAAAAGAUAAAAUAGAAUUGAUAGAAUAAAAAAUGAAUGAAAUGUAGAAAAACAGAAUAAAUCCAUCUCAUUUAUUUUUCAACAAGGUUGUAGAAAAAUACCUUUUCUUUAGAUUUUGUUUGU